AUGGGUUCGUCUAUCAGAUUAAUAUCUUAUUUGUUUAAAGCUGUCACAAGGUCUAACAUCGGAAGAAGUAUUUUAUCAAAUACAGAAUAUGAUAUUGGAUACGAAAUGGCAAGAGGAAAAGCACUCAAAACAACGUCAAUGGCGAAUAAUUCGAUUGGCAAUGCCGAAGUUCAUAAGUACCUGAUUGUGGGUUUAUGUAAUCAUGGAAUGCCUUUGACAAGACACAGUGUGGGUUCACGAGUAUUGGACUGUAUGGCUACAGACCUAGAUUUAAAAUGGACCAAAGAUAACAACUGUGCUGGCUUUACUGCCACAUUUGACUUAAAUAAAUCGGCCCAAGUUAUAAUGUUAAAGCCGAAACAAUUCAUGAACGUUAAUGGUAAAUCAGUAGCUAAAACGGUUCAUCAUCACGGAAUCGACAUUAGUAAGGUUUACAUCAUCCAUGAUGACCUUGAUAAGGCAUUAAGCAAGGUCACCAUUAAAGAAGGUGGCAGUGCUGGUGGUCACAAUGGCGUCAGAUCAGUUCAAAAUUCAUUGAAAUCUGACACAAAUAUUUUCAAAGUACGUGUUGGGAUAGGAAGACCCAGCAGCAGGGAUCAAGUGUUAGGAUAUGUGUUGAAUAACUUCUCACAAGACGAAAUACCUGGUGUCCAGGAGGGUGUGAGGAAAGCUCUCCAAAUGUUGACAUGGCACCUUGAAGGUCGAGGAGAGGAUGUGCUUCUCCUAACCAAGCUCUAUGGGAUUAAUCCAAAAAAAUUACAAACGAAAACAAGAAAGGUUAAGAACACGGUUUCAUCUGGCAAAAGACAUAUGGGUAUGUCAACAGUAGAUAUUACAGACUCUGGAACAAACGUGCAAUCAGAUGGUGAACAAACAGUCACAUCAGUUACAUCAAGGUCCCAUAUAAAAGGACACGACAACUCUUUUACGGAGAAACGGCAAGAUAUCUUACACAGAAGACAUUCACAAGAUGGAGGACUAUAUGUUGAUACAGAUAUUGUGAGGACAAAGGGUGAAUAAAGUGUGGAAUUUUUAAA